UGUUAACCUGUCAACAAGCUGUGAUUUGAUUGGUCAAAAGUUCACGGCACAUCCUCCAGUCCGCCUUCGUGGAUUUAGUAUAACCAAGAUUUGCUGCUUUAACCGUGGACAGAACCGUCUCAACAGUUGAGUCAACCCAGGACAAGGAGUCCCACGGUCUAAACCAAGUCAGAGACUGAAUUCAGCAGCCACGAUGGCAGACAUGGAGAAGACGAAUGAGAGUGGAGCUCCAGUAGCAGAAACCGCUAAUGGAGACCAACAGACUGUUGUUUCUCGUGUAAGCAACUUGCCGCUGGUCAGUUCAGCCUGUGGGGCUGUUGCUAAUGCUUACAGCUCCACCAAAGACAGCGUGCCAUUGCUGAAAGGUGUAAUGGGGGCCGCCGAAAGUGGUGUUCGGACAUUGGGAGCAGCUGCGGCCACAGGAUCCAAACCUCUUUUGAACAUUAUUGAACCACAAUUGGCUACAGUGAAUGAAUAUGCCAUGAAAGGUCUGGACAAGAUGGAAGAGAAGCUGCCUAUUCUUCAGCAGCCAGCAGAAAAGGUGGUGUCUGAUACAGUGGGAAUGGUGUGCCAGUCAGUGACGGGGGCUAAAGACGCCAUGGUGGGGGUUGUGAUGGGCGGUGUGGAGCGGACCCGGGCGGCCGUCAGUGGAGGCAUCAGCACUGUGAUGGGCAGCAGCGUUGGCCAAAUGGUCAGCAGCGGGAUGGGUCUAGCCCUCAGCCGGUCCGAGAACUGGGUUGACCAGAACCUGCCACUUACUGAGCGGGAGCUGGCUGCUGUGGCUGAGCCUCCCACAGGCGAGGUAACCUCCUCAUCAGCAGCCACCCCCAGCUACUUUGUCCGUCUGGGCAAACUCUCAGCCAAAGUGCAGGAGCGAGCUCUCCAGCAGUCCCUGGUUCGUGCACGUCGAGCCAGAGAUGCCACACACGCCACGGUGGCCCAGAUGACCAGUACUCUGGACCUGCUAGAGAACGCCCGAAGCAGUUUGGGUGCAGGUGGCAACCAGAUAGGUGGUGCCAUGGAGCAGCUGCAGCAGCGAUGGACUGAGUGGAAUGAGAAGCAGCCUGGAAGUGGACAAAGUGAUGCAGAGUCCAAAGAUGAGACUGAGCGCUUGGAGUGGCGGGUGCUCUCCAUGGUGCGAGGUCUGAGCGAGCAACUUCGUUCCGCCAGCUCCAAUGUAGUGUCAAGCGCUCAGGGUCUGCCAGGGGCAGUCCAGGACCAGCUGACGAGGGCGAGGCGGUCGGCCGAAGAACUGCACUCUUCUCUGGGCGACACCAGCGCCCUGACCCCCCUCCUUCUGGAUAAGAGCCGUCACCACUUGACCCAAGUUCAACAGUCCCUGGACGGUGUGAUGGAGUAUUUACUCAACAACACCCCACUCAACUGGCUGGUGGGGCCCUUUGCCCCGAUGAUCACCGAGAGGGCAGCAGAGCAGGACGCAGGGUCACAGAGCAAAAGUUGAAGACGAUUCUCCAUUUAGUCUGGGAAGAUUGUUGUGUAUCGCCCAGCUUUCCUAUGCACUUAAUUGCUAUUAAUGACAGCCUUGAAAUAUUUUAGUCCACAUUAUUUAUACCAGAUUCUCUGCCUUUUAGUUUUAAACAUAACACAUGACAACACACUAUUUACUGCCUUUUUUUGUUUUAUGUUAUUUUAAUUGCAGUAUUAU